CCGCUGCCCGGCACCUUGGACGCCCUUCAGUGCAGCGACCUCGGCGAGAAGGAGAGCUCGGAUGGAGGCACCUUUCAUGGGCAUCCGUUUCCCCGGAGCCGCGCGACCGCGAUCGGCGAGACGCAGAGAGACCGCAAUGAAGCCUGCAAGGCAAGUGCUUUGUCUKUGUGUCUUUCUCUCCGUGCCGCUUGCUCGCUCGCAACCCAUCCGCUACUCCGUGGCCGAGGAGAGCGAGAGCGGCUCCCUGGUGGCGCAUGUGGCGCAGGACGUGGGGCUGGAGCUGGCGCAGCUCGGSGCUCGCGACGCUCGGCUCGUGUCGGACGACAGCCGGCAGUACUUUCGCUUAGAGCGCACCACCGGCCGCCUCGCAGUUACGGACAGGAUCGACCGGGAGCAGCUCUCGGCGUUCGAGAUCGACCCCCAGAGUGGUGAAAUUCGUGUCACRCAGCCUCUGGAUUUCGAGGCGGUGCAGAAGCACGAGCUCAGCGUGCGUGCCACAGACGGCGGGGGUCUGUCGGCGCUCUGCAAGGUGCUGUUGGAGGUGGUGGAUGUGAACGACAACGCGCCGGAGCUGGUGGUGAGCUCCUUCAUGAGCCCCGUGGCCGAGAGCGCCUUGCCCGGCACGGUGGUGGGCCUCUUUGUCGUGAAGGACCGCGACGCCGGGGCCAACGGGAGGGUGACGUGUUGGCUCGAGGAGCAGUCCUCUUUCUCGCUGAGGGCUGCCUAUAAGAACUACUACGAGCUGGUGACGGCGAGCGCCCUGGACCGCGAGGAGACGGCGCGGUACGUGCUGGCCGUGACGGCGGCCGACGCGGGCUCCCCGCCUCUCAGUGUCACGCGCACCUUCACGGUGGACAUCGCGGACGUCAACGACAACGCGCCCGUCUUCAACCAGACCUCCUACACCAUGUACGUGCGUGAGAACAACGAGGCGGCGGUGCUCGUGGGCGCCGUCCGCGCGGCCGAUGAGGACGAGGGGYCCAACUCGAGGGUGACGUAUUCCCUGGYGGCAGCAGGUCCUGCAGAGCGCGUCCCGCGCUCCUACAUCUCCGUGAACUCCGAGAACGGGCAGGUGUUCGUGCUGCGGCCRCUGGACUACGAGCAGCUGAGGCARCUGGAGGUGGUGGUGAGCGCKGCCGACGCGGGCUCGCCGCCGCGCGGCUCCAACGUCACGGUCCGCAUCGUGGUGCUCGACGAGAACGACAACGCGCCCGUGGUGCUGCACCCCGCGCAGGACAGCUCGCCGCCGUCCAGCGAGCUGGUGCCCACGUGGGCCGAGGCGGGCUACCUCGUCACCAAAGUGGUGGCCGUCGACGCCGACUCGGGACAGAAUUCCUGGCUUUCCUACCAGCUGCUCAAGGCAACGGAGCCCGGACUCUUCGCCGUGGGCACCCAGAGCGGGGAGGUGCGRCUCAAGAGGCCGCUGAGCGACAGGGACGCCGUGAAGCAGAAGCUGGUGGUKCUGGUGCGCGACAACGGGCGACCGCCGCUGUCGGCCACRGCCGUGCUGGACGCGCUGCUGCUCGACGGCUUCUCGGACGCGCACAUGCCGCGCAGCGGCCUGGCCGUGGACGAUGAGGACGGCGACUCCCUCACGCUUUAUCURAUYGUCUCCCUGGCCUUCGUCUCGCUACUCUUCCUGGCRUCCGCCGCCUCCUUCGUCGCGUGCGAGGUGUGCAAGAGGAAGGCGCUGAAGGAGGGCACCGUGCUCUACAGCCCCGGCGACUUGCAGAGCAGCCUGGCCGAGGCGGCCGCCGCGGGGACUCUGCCCCGCGCCUACUGCUACGAGGUGAGCCUCACCACGGACUCGGGCAGCAGCGAGUUCAAGUUCCUGAAGCCUCUCCUGGCCAGCCUGCCGCCACAGCGCUGCGACACGGGCGGCGGAGCUGCUGGGGACGAGAAUUUCUGCGGUGGCCUCMACCCCRCCGAGGAACCUCGCCCGCAGAGCCCCGGCACGCUGCCMGUCACUCCUUUCMGCAGGCAAGCCUUUGACUAAAGGUUCGAGGGCAUCACGUCUCCGAAACCGGAGUGGAAGAGUCUCGCUUGGAUAACCCAGGAUGGAAGGGAGCCGGCCAAUGAGACUUGACAAUAGCUUCCCCUAAAAAAAAUACCCAGCAAGUGCGAUAAGCAUCACCAAUUUCCCUCGCCUCUCAAGACUGUACAACGUCUUACUGUCUUCGCCAACAGUCCCCGCAAGCUCACAACCGCCCGUCCAAAAUAAAGGGGAAAAUGGAAAAUAAAAGAAUUCUUCGGUGUAUCGGUAGUACUUUCUUCAUGUCCGUUCUUUCUUCAGUAGUCGAUCCUUGAAGCGCAUUAGUGCGAUAAUUAGUACCGAAAUUUCCCCUUAUUCCCUUGUUUUCUCGCUUUAAAGGGAAUAUAUCCGCAUUU